CUCAAGGACCCAAAUACAUGUUUAGUGAUUUUUAUUAUUGUAUGGAUUUAAUUGAAGUUACUGGCAAAUUCCCAUUUUUUUGUGGGUAAAAAUUACUACAGUAUUAGUUUAUGGUAUUUUAGUUUAAAUACAAGGACCCAAUUACAAGUUUAGUCAUUUUUAACAUUGUAUGGAUUUAAUUGAAGUUACCAGCAAAUUCCCAGUUUUUUUUUUUUUUUUUCACCAACAAAUACUAUGAGUUUAUUGUAUUUUAGUUUAAUUUCAAGGACCCAAUUACAAGUUUAGUCAUUUUCAUCAUUUUAUUGGGGUUCUACUUGUUUAAGAUAUUGCAAAAAAAAAAAAAAAAAUUUUUUUUUGGCCAACAAACAGUGGCGGUCUCAGGAUUAUGAGUUCGGGGGUGCUCUAUUAACUAUUUAUAUCUGUUUCUUUUAUAUUUUCUAUACAGCUAUACACUCCGUGACUGAAUUUAAUGGGUGCCGGAGCACCCAAAAAUUGUACAUGGGUCCGCCACUGCCAACAAAUGCUAUCAGUUUAUGGUAAUCAUCAGUCACUAUUGAAUGAAUACCUGAGAAAGAUAAACGAGGAGCUCGCUUUUGUGCAGCUUGAGCUACGGGCAUGUAGAAACCAGUACGAUGGAAAUGUGCACUAUGGUGUUGUCAACAAUGUAUCAGAUGAGCAAUCCAAACUUGGAACUAAAUAUUCAGUUCCUCAGAUUGCUUUCUAUAAAGGCAUUAUUGAAGCAAUUGUUCAAGAUGCGGCAGCUCAAGGCUUUAUUUCGACUAUUGAUGCACUGAACAUACGGCUCGAAAAUCAGUUUCUAGCUGGAACAGAAUCGCAAUCUCAGGCAGGUUCAACGCAUAUUCCUGCAGCAUUUAGGAAUUUCUCGAUGUCUCAAAAGGAAAAGACCCUUGAGGAACUUGAGAGGGACCGCUGGCUUUCUCUAACAGAUGGUAAAAUAGGGUUAGGAGUGCGUUCGUUUCUUGAUCUUAGAAGUUGGUUUCGCAGUAACGAGAUUCCUCCAUGUGAAGUUUGCAAUGAAGCUGCAGUGAAGGCUGAGCUUUGCCAAAACGAAGGCUGUAAUGUUCGUAUCCAUAUGUACUGUCUGAGGAUGAAGUUCUCCAAAAGCAGGACUGAAAAAGUUUGUCCUGGGUGUGGGAGAGAGUGGCAUUAUAACAUUGCAAAAGUAGAAGCUCUGGAUGAAGACGAGGAUGCAUCUGUUCCUCCUGAGAGUCAGCAGCCGCGUGAACCCUCAACAAGAAAAAGGCCGAGGAACCGUGCAGGUAUUGAUUCUGAUACUCUCGAGCCUGAAUCAUCUCCCUCAACAAGAAAAAGGCCGAGGACCCGUGCAGGUAUUGAUUCUGAUACUCUCGAGCCUGAAUCAUCUCAAAGUAUGAGGGUGACUCGACGUUCUGUCCGUCUGAAGAGUUCAGGUUAACAAAUCUAGUUUGCUAGUUUUGGUGCUCAUGUACAUCUGAGUAUAUGGAAAUGGAUAUAUUUUUGCACCCUAUGAAGGUUUACUUAUUUGGUAAACCAAAUUCUAAUAUAUGACUGUAGAUUAUAGGAGUAUCCAGAUUAGUAUCUUAAUCAUGGGCGUGUUAUUUGCUUACCUCCAUUAGCUUUUAAGGAAUUCAAUGCCGAUGUUGAUGGAGAUCAAUUGGUUGUUCAUGUACCUAUAUCCUCAGUGGCUCAAGUACAGGCCCGUUUACUUAGGUUUUCUCAUAUGAAUCUUGUCUCUGGUCGUUGGGGAUCCCAUUUUCAUACAAAUGCAAUAUAUGCUUAUUGGCCUCUA